AUGCAACGAUGUCUUGCCCCACUUCUUCACAGAAUUGAGAGGGUUGGCCGUGCUGCGUGGGCCCACGACGCCUGCCGCGCGAAGGGUAACCGGCAGGAAGGGGAAGUCUACUCCGAGGUUGACGAGGCGGCGCUGCGUCACCCAUUUUCUUCUUCCCCUGUUUUGUCACGUCUCAUGACGACAGAAGAGGCGUUGCGACGGAUCUCGUCGGUGUAUCGUCCUGACACGUACGCCUACGGCCUUUUCAGCGCGCGCGUCCUCCUCCAUGAGGCACGUGAUCGCGGGCUUCUGGACCCCGGCAUAGACGCUGGCAGGUUCUUCGUGCACCCAGUGACGCUCAUUCGUCACCCAGAAAUGUUUUCACAGUUUUUCGGCGCCGACAGGUCCCCCUUCUUUUCCGAGAUGCUUCAACAACUUCUUGCCGCCCACGAUGCGGCGGACUCCCCCGUUGUGCGGAUGUGUGCUUUGCAAGGUGUGGAUACGGCGGGGUGGGUCCCGUUUUUGCGUGGGCUCUGUCUCUGUGUGAUUGUUGGGGAUCCAAUACUCUCCGAGGCCGGCUUUGUAAUCGAGGACCUACUUCUGGGCGGCAUUCCCCACGACAGUCUAAGCAUUCCGGGGGAAUACAGUGAGCGCGGCGUCUCCGUAGCCGACAUGCUGCUGGAGGCUGCCACGGAACUUGGCUCGCUGCGACUGUCGGAGCUGAGUUUGUCUGUAUACCGACAGUUCAUUGCGGAAACGCCGUACGCUGUCAGCAAGAGGCUGGCUGUUUGCGUCACCCAAAGUGAGAGACGCCACCUUGACUGGAACCUGCGCUGCCUCUCGCGUAAGCAACGUGGUCGUUUACGUCUGGCGCGUUAG